AUGGUGACCAGCUCUACCCCAGGUGUACCGAUUGUGCAGAGCAGCAGCACACACGCCCAGUCUUCGUCUACUCCUUGCACCACGUCGACUGCUGCCCACAGCACUGCUAGCUCUACUCCAGUCAUGUCGACCGUUCACAGCACUGUAGUGUCAAGCACUACCAGCUCUACCCCAGGUGUGCCGAUUGUGCAGAGCAGCAGCAGCACGCACGCUCAGUCUUCGUCAACUCCUUGCACCAAGUCGACCACUGCCCACAGCACCAUGGUUACCAGCACACAUGCUCAAUCUUCAUCGACUCCCUGCACCACCUCAACCUCGGCUCCUGUAACCUCCGCUUACAGCACUACCUCUACCCCAGCUGUGCCGGCCGUUCAGAGCUCCAGUGCCCACAGCCAAGCAUCAUCGACUUCCAUCCACAGCACUGCCACUCCUACCCCAGUCAAGCCUACAAGCCAGAGCAGCAGCACCCACGGUCAAUCGUCGUCAACUCCUUGCUCUUCGUCGACCCCUGCCCACAGCACCAUGGUUUCCAGCAUCGUGACACCCACCCCAGUGGCCCCGACUAGCACUAGCACUUCGGCACACGCAACCUCAACUCCCUGCACUACCUCUGCCGCCUCGACACCCACCCCAGUGCAAGCAACCUCCACCCACGUAGCAUCGACCCCGACACCGGUGAACCCCACCAAGGCCACUUCCACCCCUUGCGACGAAAACAAGCCCUCAGCUACCUCUGCUGCGCCGUCCAACCCGUCCAGCGACAAUGGCGAGCCGGCUCAGAGCUAUGGCAAGACUGAGCAAGGAUACACCAAGCGUGGUGGUUUGAUCCAGCGCCGCAAGCCUAUCAUUGCCAAGUCAAAGCGUGCUAUUCUUUUGUAG